GUGUGUGUUGAUAGUGACUGUGUUUUUGAGGGCAUGGGGUGAAUGGGGGUAAUGCAACCAGUAUGAACUGGUUUGGGAGACAAAAGCAGCGGGCUAGGGGAGGUGCAUGUGUGAGACCUAAAACAAGAGAGAGACAGAACUUUCCCCCCGAGUCUCCAACUGCCAGGCAAACAAGAUGAGGGCUGCGCUGCUGCUGCUGCUGUUAGUUACUCUCAUCACUGUCAAAAGUGUAGCUGGAGGGAAGAACAAGAAAGAGAAAAACAAACCUUCCCAGUCCGGGUCAGAAUGCACUGAAUGGCGCUAUGGCAACUGUGUCCCUAGCAACGGGGACUGUGGAGCAGGGUUUAGGGAGGGGUCAUGUGACCAGCAGAGCAAGAAGAUGAAAUGCAGAGUACCUUGCAACUGGAAAAAAGACUUUGGAGCUGACUGUAAGUAUCGGUUUGCUACUUGGGGAGAGUGUGAUCCAACCUCUGGCUCGCAGAAGAGAACAGGGACAUUGAAGAAGGCCCUGUUUAAUGCGGAGUGUCAACAAGUUGUUUCUGCCUCCAAACCUUGCACUGGAGAAACCAAGACAAAAACCAAAGGAAAGAAGAGAAAAGGCAAGGGCAACUAGAAACAAGGACGGACUUCAGAGUCAAGAAAAAAACAGAAAUGAAACAAUAAUUGUCUGAACCAGCAGUCCUCUGACAGUUGGCCCAAUCACUGACAACCCGAUUUCCAAACACACAAUUUUGAAUACAGUCUUCCUCAACCAUGACAAAAACAUCAAUUUUAUUUUUU